CGGCCCGCCCCGGAAGGCGGCGAACGCCCGGCCUGGCCCCGCCGCGAUGCUGCAGCUCCGGGAGGCGGAGGAGGCCGGCCCGGGCGGCAGCCCCGGGGCCGCGCUGCUGGAAGCGGGGGGGGCCGGGCCGCCCCCCCAGCCCCCGGCCCGCCGGACCCUGCGGCCGCUCAGCCUGCGCCCCGCCGCCCGCCUCCGCCACUACUUCGUGUUCCGGCCCGGCACCGUAGAGCAAGCGGUGAGCGAGAUCCGCGCCGUCGUGCUGCCCGCCGGGGACGGGGAGGUGCGGAGCGUCUGGCUGCUCGUCGAAAUUGACCACUGGAACAACGAGAAGGAACGUCUCGUCCUUAUCACAGAUUCGUCCCUCCUGAUCUGCAAAUACAACUUCAUCAGCCUGCAGUGCCAGCACGUGACGAGGAUUUCCCUCAGUGCAGUCGAUACCAUCUCUGUAGGAGAGUUUGAGUUCCCGCCUAAAUCUCUGAACAGGCGGGAAGGUAUCGGCAUUCGGAUUCAGUGGGACAAGCAAAGUCGCGCUUCCUUCAUAAACAGAUGGAACCCCUGGUCCACAAACAUCCCGUACGUCACCUUCACCGAGCAUCCCGUGGCAGAUGCUGAUGAGAACAUUGCAUCCCUUUGCCUGUUGGAAAACUUUAAAACUCAGUUAAUUCAAGCUGUGAAGAAAGCCCAUAAGGAGUGUCCGUUGCCAGGGAGGGUGAACGGCGUGCUAGUGCUGGAGCGUCCUCUUCUGAUCGAGACUUACCUGGGACUGAUGUCCUUCAUCAACAACGAGGCCAAACUUGGCUACUCCAUGACAAGAGGCAAAAUUGGAUUUUAAAAUUAAUUGUAUUUUAAAAUUAAUUGCAUUUAAUCUUUUCAAGGGAAAGUGAUUUGAUAUUGGGCUCCUGGGGAGAGCACGGUGUGUGGCAGAAUAUCUGAGAAUCAAAGCGAGGAAGCUCGGGGAACAGAACGGGUGGUUGUAGAUCUGACAGUUCACAGGGGGUCCUGGUUGUUAUGGUCAGUCAGAUUAAUGCAAAGCAGACAUGAGGUAGUGUCAUUCUCGUGUUUUCUAUCUAAUUUACAGUUCUUGCUGGUUCUUACAUGGGGUUGGUGAACAGCAGUAUUUUCCAUUUCGAACUGCAUGGUCUUCCCUGUUAAUUAAGUGCAAUUGGUAUCUGCUACAAACACGCCGCACAAAUACUUAAGAUACACUAGAACGUUCAUGCCGUAUUACAGUUGUGUCCCUGGAUAUGGCGUCAAAUCAAGUCGUGUGCUUGGGAUUGAUUUGUAUUGUUCACAAUUACAAUAAUCUUAGCGUUUUGAUUAGUGCCCAUUAAGAAUUUUGAAAGCUGUGUCAGUCAUUCUUUAGCAAAACAGAGCCAGCAAGUUUUGUUAAAGCUGUACUGUUUCGUCUGCUCAGAAGCUGUGCACGUGAACUAUUAUUUUGUAAACUGAAGUAUAGGGCUGAAUAUACAUUUAUUAGCUUUUUGUAAAAAUACCUCCCUCAAAACCAGAGUCUAACUUCCUUAUUUUUUAUGUAUGUUUUAUUGCUGCAGCCACAGAAUAAAGACUCUUUUGAGAGAAUACUGCCAAAA